AUGUCCAGGCUGUGCUUGCAUGUGUUGGCGGCCACAGCGGCGGCCGCUUUGGCCGCGAGUUUGCCUUUAGUCGGUCCGCGAGAGGGCUGUCGAGAGGGCUGUCGAGUCCGGGCUGUGGCGGCGGCCGAAGCGCUGGUCGUCAAGAACUCGUUGUUCACAAAAUUCAAAAUCUUGAGCAAAGCUCGCAAAUGGAUGUCUUGGAAGUCAAAGACGGCCGACAUCUUCGGCGGUCACAGCGAUUGUCCACUAAAUGAUCGAGACGAUCAGUGGUUCGAUGGCGAGCAUAAUAUCCCGCCAUCUGAUCCGCCCCGAGUCAUAGUUCACGACCCGUCGGCCAUUCCCGAAGCCUAUCGACACGUGUUUGGGACAAACCCUCCGCCCGGAGCCGAGCGACCGAUACCUCCGCCACCGCUUCCACCCAACAGUUACCACAAAAAGCCCAAAUACUGGCAAACGAGGGGCACAUCCUACGCUCAGCCCAACAACCGUAUAGCGGGAGUGGUGUGUGCAGUGGUCAUAGCGGGCUGUUUCCUAUUGGACCGCCUCAACGACGCCCCCUAUCGGUGGGACAAACGUCUGGGCCUUUUCUCGACGCCCGAAGAGGUGGAGGCGCGCGACAAGAAUAACAAACUCUUUUGGGAGAUCGUGUGUCAGGGAGUGCCCAAUGAGGCCAUUGAGGUCUCGCCCGACAGGACUCGUUACAGGAAUCCCCGCUAUAAGGACUCUACCAUCCGAUGGGACGUCCGGGAGAUCGACGAACGCGUUGUCGGCAUUAGAGAUAUGCGAAACCCGUUUGAGAUAUAAAUACUUGUCCAUCACUUUCUGGUCGAGUCUUAUACUCGCUGUGAAUUACUUUAAUAAAUUAGGUUUUAAUUACAAAUUA